UGAGAUCUCGGAAACCGAGCCAGCCCGGUUGACCGGGCUCAUAUGAAGAGGCCCUGAGAUGGAUAGUAUUUUCUUCCUCCGGAGGGCGCUAAUUGGCUGAUUCUUGACAGCUUGCCCAUGGCGGCACGAACCUGUACCCAACUGUCCUUAACUGAUUAAUCAUUUCAUGGUUAAAACAUGUCCUGCGAAAUUGUGAGAGGUCGCUUAUACUUUCAAAUGGCUUGCACUCCUGAAAAUGAUCCAUCGCAUCACUAUUUUAGCAUGGACGACGACACGACUUUGGAAGGUAAAAACGUUUACGACGCACUUUACUUUGGUCCUUUGAAUCAGGCGGGAAUCUAUAAUUUCUGUUGUCUUGUAGACUCUAUGCUUCACUCGAUCCCAGCAGAGAAAAAGUCAGUGCUGUAUACCACUGACUGUGUGGGACUUUUGGAGGCGAAGAAGCGAGCGCAUUCUGUAUUUUUAUGUGCAACGUUCGCGAUAUGUCGGCUCAAAAUGACCGUCGAAAACAUCUACGGAUUACUAGGGCAACACUUUCAUUAUUCAACUCUUGCUCCUUACUUUGAUAUGGGUGGUAAAAUAUCUCACAAUCUGGACAUCUUGGACUGUCUUAAAGCCUUUGAGAAGGCAGUAGCUCAAGGUUUGAUCGAAUUCGACAAGUUUGACGUACAAAAAUACAAUCGUGAGGAUUCCCGCUAUAAUUUGAACUGGAUCAUUCCCAAAAAAUUACUCGCAAUGGCGGAUCCUCAGAUGAUGCCCGAUUUUAGCAAAGUAAGGAAGCAUUUAAAGGAAAUCGGGGUCAAGGUAGUUGUGAGACUGAACAAGCACGACAACUUACUUAAAUACGGGCGAGGGUAUGAUGCACGCAGUUUUACCAACCACAGAUUUAAGCACUACGAUCUCUACGUUGAAGACAGUGGUAUUCCCCCGGGGGGAAUCAUUAAGAAAUUCAUGAGAAUUGUGGAUGGAAAAUGUUGCAAGAAAGUUGCUGUUCAUUGUUGCAGACGUUUAGGCAGAACAGGAUCUCUGAUCAGUUGCUAUUUGAUGAAAAAGUUCCGAUUCUCAGCAAGCAAGGCUGUGGGCUGGUUAUGCAUUUGUAGACCGGGAAGCGUCCAGAAAAUGCGUCAACACCAUCUCCUGGAGUUGAAGCAAGAUGCAAUCAUGCGAGGCUGUCGGCCCAGAGAAAUGAAGGAAGGAGUUGUAGAAAAACCCUUUGAUUUAAAGUCCGUCCACAAGCGCAAGAACUUGUAUCCAAUUAUUGAAGAAAACGAAGUGCAAACAUGA